AUGACAGCUCAACCUGAGCUAGCCUACAUGUCCGACCCAGCCGACUGCUAGAACCACAGAAAGCGUACAUUUAAUCAAGAGCUUCUCGUUUUAUUUGUGCCAUUAUAGCCUAUUUUCAAUCUAAUAAUUACCAACAUGUCUGCUCCGAAGAAGGGAGACUUGUCUUCAAGCGAAAAGGAGUUGUUUCAGGUUAUUACUGCAGGAAAUACUCAAGAGGCCUCGAGGCUGCUGGGGUGCAAGGAUGUUCGAGUCAACUGCUUGGAUGAGUAUGGAAUGACGCCUCUGAUGCACGCUGCUUACAAAGGGAAAGCAGACAUGUGCAAGUUGCUGCUGCAACACGGAGCGGAUGUGAACUGCAAUCAACAUGAGCAUGGUUACACAGCGCUGAUGUUUGCCGGCCUGUCAGGAAAGACUGAUAUCACAUGGAUGAUGCUGGACGCCGGGGCGGAAACGGACGUGGUCAACUCUGUUGGAAGGACCGCCGCACAAAUGGCCGCUUUUGUCGGGCAACACGACUGUGUCACAGUGAUCAACAACUUCUUCUCCCGUGCCAAGCUGGAUUACUACUCCAAGCUCCAGGGUUUGGAGAAGGAACCCAAGCUGCCCUCCAAGCUGGCCGGACCCCUCCACAAGGUCAUCAUGAGCACCAACCUGAACCCCGUCAAGAUGGUGAUGCUGGUGAAAGAGAACCCCCUGGUGGCGGAGGCGGAGGCUCUGGAGAAAUGUCGCCGGGUUAUGGAGCUCAUCUGUGAGAAGUGCAUCAAGCAGCAGGACAUGAACGAGGUGCUGGCCAUGAAGAUGCACUACAUCAGCUGCGUGCUGGGGAAGUGUGCCUCCUUCCUCAAGGACCGCGAGGACAAGCUGGAUGGCCUCAUCAAGAGUUUGCUGAAGGGUCGUGACAGCGAUGGCUUCCCCCUUUUCCAGGAGAAGUUUCUCAGAGAGUGCAUCCGCAAGUUUCCCUUCUGUGACGCCACUCUCCUGCAGCAGCUGGUGCGGAGUAUCGCCCCUGUGGAGAUUGGUAACGACCCCACAGCUCUGUCAGUGCUGACUCAGGCCAUCACAGGUCAGGUCGGCUUCAUGGACGCAGAGUUCUGUACCACCUGUGGAGAGAAGGGAGCGGAGAAGAGAUGCUCCAUCUGUAAAAUGGUGAUCUACUGUGACCAGGCCUGCCAGAAGAUGCACUGGUUCACCCACAAGAAAGUGUGCAAGACGCUCAAAGAGCAGAGGAAGAAGCAGGAGGAAGAAUCGGCCCAACUGAGGAUGGAGCAGGGUAAUGAAGAGAGUGACACCGUGCAGGAGGCCAUGCAGGAGCUCUCAGUGGAGACCAACAGUGAGGUCCCCCCCUCAGAAACUCCAGACCCCGCUCCCAUUGCUGCUGCUGACAACUGAGGAACAUCAGGAAGCACAUCCAUACAACACAGACAGAGCAAACUGGCAGUGAGACUGAAAGCCAGACGAGGACUGAUCCAGCAGGAGAUAAGAACCCAUAUUUAUUAUCGACCUGAGACCGUCAGAGGGCAGAGAGAAACUAACACACAAGGAAGGUUUGUGCUACAGCGGUCAUCUUUAUGUCAUUUUUAUAUGUUCUUUUCCAGAUAUUGUCUUAUGUGAAUGUGAAAAUGGCGUAGGCUGGUGUGUUUGUGGUCACUGGGAGGGAAGACAUGAAGAGCUAAUGGUUCACAUGAAUAAUGGAAAGCAUAUUUCUGCCUUAAACUGUAGCAUCCUGUGCAGGAGAGAAGUGACUGCGUAGCCAAUCAGAGCUGUCGUUUGUUUGCAAUAUACCUAAUUUUGUUAUUUGGAUUUUUCUUUUUUUACGGAUAAUGUUAUGGGGGUGGAUGGCAUGGCUGCACUAUAUUGACCAAAAAUGUAUAUUUUUUAAAUGUAAACAACAUGAAUUUAUUUUUUGUGCAUGGUAAAGAUGACGUUAAUGCUCAGGAUUUUCAAAACGGUAACAGAAUUGAAAGGGUUUUUUCCCCCUCAAAAUGCAGCAACAUUCAUUGAUUAAACAUUGUUGUACACAGCACAAUAACACCACUACUAGGAUACUUUUUCUUGUGAUACAUUUCAUUUAUUGUGCAGCCUGAAACCGACUGACUUGAUUUAAUCAAACACCAGAUCCAACAAGGCUUUGUUUGUCUUGAACUCUGACAAUCUACAAUAUGUCAACAACUUGAUCUGAGUCUCGUUAAAUAAAGACCAACUUCAUCAUGUCCAUGUUGAGUGGUACACAUACGAUAA